GCGUCUGUGGCUGGCCGCGAGCUGGGCGAUGCAUCCGGCUGGGCUGUUCUGGGUCGCCGCGGCGCUGCGGCUGCUGCUGGCGGCCCACGUGGCGGCGGCGUUCGAGCCUAUCAGCUUGGGCAUCGCCGUCGGGGCCGCGUCGGCCCUCACCGGCUACCUGUCGUACAAGGACCUGUACUGCCGCUUCGCCGAGUGCUGCCGAGAGCAGCCGCUCAACGCGUCGGCCCUCAAGCUGAAUUUGGAGGAGAAGCUCUUUGGGCAGCAUCUGGCCACAGAGGUGAUUCUCAAGGCGCUGACUGGCUUCAAGAACAACAAAAAUCCCAAGAAACCACUGACUCUUUCCUUACACGGCUGGGCCGGCACGGGCAAGAAUUUUGUCAGCCAAAUUGUGGCUGAAAAUCUUCACCCAAAAGGUCUCAAGAGUAACUUUGUCCACCUGUUUGUGUCGACCCUGCACUUCCCUCACGAGCAGCACAUAAAACUGUACCAGGACCAGUUACAGAGGUGGAUUCGGGGUAACGUGAGUGCAUGUGCGAGCUCCGUGUUCAUAUUUGACGAGAUGGAUAAGUUGCACCCGGGGGUCAUUGACGCAAUCAAGCCGUUCCUAGAUUACUACGAGCAGAUUGACGGUGUGUCUUACCGGAAGGCCAUCUUCAUCUUCCUCAGCAAUGCAGGCGGGGACCUCAUAACUAAGACGGCCCUUGACUUUUGGCGGGCAGGGAAAAGGAGAGAAGGCAUCCAGCUGAAGGAUCUGGAGCCCGCGCUGUCUGUCGGCGUCUUCAAUAACAAACACAGUGGCCUGUGGCACAGCGGACUGAUAGACAGAAACCUCAUCGACUACUUCAUCCCCUUCCUGCCCCUGGAGUAUAGCCACGUGAAGAUGUGCGUGCGGGCAGAAAUGAAGGCCCGCGGCUCUGCCAUCGACGAAGAUGUCGUCACCAGAGUGGCCGAGGAAAUGACGUUUUUCCCUAAAGACGAGAAAAUCUACUCAGACAAGGGCUGCAAGACUGUGCAGUCACGGCUGGAUUUUCACUGAACGCUUAUCCAGAUGGGGUGAGACGCGGCUGGGAGCCCAGGGAACUCGGGGCCUGGCCUUUCCAAGCACUUUGAAGACCUCUUCAGGGUUUGCACAUUUGCACCUGUGGACUUGCGGGAUCUGGAAGGUUCUAAGGGUUGAUUUUUGAAAUACUCAUCUGUUAAGGGUACUUGUCAUUUUGCAACAGCACAGCAACCCAGCUGUUCAUUGUGGUUGAAGAUGAACUUUUGAAGUCCCUCCCCUCCCCUGCCACUACCACUUAACUGACCUUGACAGAAUGACAGAAGUGCCUUGAAAACAGCUGUGUGAGUGAGACCAAGGACUCUUUCUGACCCAACGGUACCCACACCUCAGAAGCUGAACUGAAGGAGUUCGAGGGCCCUGCUGCAGUCCAGGGAGCACUGGGUUUUCACCUGCCAGAAACAUUCUUCUCCUCUAGUUCUUUUUCUUCACAGAGCGCGUUCACCGACUUGAAGUAUUUUCAGGUAAAAAUCGGUGGCACCUUCAGGCACAGUGUCGUGUGGGAGGACCUGGGCCCACAGGCCGAGCACGCAGCUGGGGGAACCGCCUGUGUGUGGCAUGGGGGCUCCACGCCAGGGCCCUGCAGCCAGGCGGGACGGGCAGGACCUCUCCGUCUGUCCGUGGCUUUGCUGCUGACAGCCCUGGUCAUGGAAUUCCUUCUCCCAACUCUCACUUGGACUUACCGCAGCCUUCCUUGUAUCACCUCUACUCCUUAACUUCAGCCUCGGCCAAAUGUAGCCCCAGCCAUAACAUCCCUAGAGUCGGAUCAGAACGCGACUGUUGGCUUUGAGUCCUUGGUUCCCACGGUGAGAUGUUUGUCUGUUACAGUUUACACGUGGGUCAGUCUCUCACGUGACUGCACAGAACCAUUUGAAAUCCGUAGGACAGAGUCAUUCUCCACGGAUGACACGUGCCGACUGAACGGUCAGCUUGCAGGUUCUCGUUGCCAAAGUGGAAGUAUUGGACACUACAAGUGCUCGAGUUUUCAAGGAUAUGUAUAUUUUUUAUAAUGUUCUUACUUCUGAAUCUUAGAUAAUAGAAAUAUGGGACAUUGCUCAUUUUAAAACAUGGGAAGGAGUAAUUGCCUGUUCCUUUAUCAGAUACUCGUAAGGUUGCGCCUCAUCCUGGUGUCAUCUGAGAAGGAUACCCUGCAUGGCAGUGUCGGGCUGGGCUGCCCUGGCCAC